GUAUUUGUCACCUUAUCUGAAUUUUCUUGAAAGGUUCCAGCUCACGUAACUCAGCCUUUGAGCACACAGUAUGUGAAGAUGAGGUGUGGCAAGUAACUCAGAAGUAAGAGCCUCCAUGGCUUGGUUACGUUUCACCACUUUCUUUAGAAUGCUGUUAAUGCCAGAGUACAUGAAUGGAAAUCUACAGUGUUGUCCGGAUGGAAUAAAAUGGAGGAAACAGGAAAUAUUUGCCUAACUGAAACAGUAUGAAGUAAGCUUUAUAAUUCUAUUCUCUGGAUGCGACUUGACCUGGAUGUCAUUACUGAGUGAGCUUUUGAUCUUCAUUUUGACAUGUCAGCCAUGACCUUCAAUUCUUCAUUAACAAGCACCAUUGCUUCAAUCGCUGUGACUCCAUCUUCAGUCAACAUAACGUCAUCUUCCACCAACAUAACGUCAUCUUCAAUCAACUCAACUUCAAAAUCAGACUCUGUAGCUUCCACACCAGUCCCUGCACCUCCAACCUCAGUCAGUGUAUUUCCAACCUCAGUCACUUCAGUCACUGUCAAUGUCACUACACUGAUUACCAACUCCACCACUGCCUACCCUGGGUUACUGCCCUCUCUGUUGGACAAGAUUCCAUUGCCAAGAUGGGCCAUUUAUGCGAUAAUUGCCCUGAUCCUCCUGGUGUUUUUAAUCUGUGUGCUGUGCUGCUGCAUAAAAUGCUGCUGCAAAGGGAAGAAGAAGAAAAAGAAGCAGAAUCAGAAGAUCAGCCUGAAAGGACUGAAUGGUAACAGUACAACAGCACUGGUGCAGCAUGAAGCAGGGGAUGUAGAGUAUGGAUCACUUGACCAACCACGUGGGAAGUUGCUGUAUUCCCUGGAGUACAAUGCAGCACGCUCAGAGAUGACUGUCAGAGUGAAAGAAGCUGCAGAAUUAAUGGCCAUGGACUCCUCAGGAACGUCUGACCCUUAUGUAAAAGUUUACAUCCAUCCCAACAAGUCCAAAACCUUUGAGACUAAAGUGUUCAGGAAAACUCUGAACCCAGUGUUCAAUGAGCACUUUAAGUAUCAGAUUUCUCAGAAGGAUCUCAGCGAGUCUACGCUCGUGAUGCAGGUAUAUGACUUCAACAGAUUUUCCAAGCAUGAUGUGAUUGGUGAGCUGAGGAUGGAGCUUUGUGCUGUGGACUGGAACCAUGUGAUUGAGGAGUGGCGCGACCUGAGUGCGCCCUCAAAACACGAGCAAGAACAUCUGGGUGAGAUUUGUUUCUCCCUGCGUUAUGUCCCUACUGCAAGUAAGCUCACUGUGGUGAUUCUGGAGGCCAAGAACUUAAAGCAAAUGGACAGUGGAGGUGCUUCAGAUCCAUAUGUUAAAAUCCAGCUGAUUCUGGACAAGAAGAAGUGGAAGAAAAAGAGAACAUCAGUGAAGAAGCAAACCCUGAAUCCUUACUUCAAUGAAUCCUUUACAUUUGAUGUGUCAUUUGAUCAGAUUCAGAGAGUCCAGUUGGUGGUCUCUGUGUGGGAUCAUGAUAAAGUGAGCAGGAAUGAUGCCAUUGGGAAGAUCUUCCUGGGAUGUGAUGCUACAGGAAAUCAGCUGCGGCACUGGGCAGACAUGCUGUCAAACCCGCGCAGGCCUGUGGCACAGUGGCAUACACUGCUCUCAGCUGAGCAGGUGGACUCAACUCUGGCCCUAAAAUACACACUGAGGAUCCCAUUCACCAAUAAAACGUUUUGAAAAAUGUCA